AUGGCUAAUAAUUAUAAAGACGAUGAAAAUGCAACAUCAGGAGAGUGUAAAGAUUUGGAAACAAUACAUAAAACUUCUGAUAAUCCAUUGACUACUACAACUUCAUAUAAUGGUAAAUAUGUUGAUUUCUAUGAUCAUAUUAAUUAUAUUACAUUAUCGUUAUAUACAUGGUUCAUUGCUGCUAACAAUAAUUUUGCACAAUCAUCGAACAAUAAUAAUGAAAUACCUUUUGAUGAUAGGGAAUGGCAAGUAAAUGAUUUACAUGCUGGCAGAAAACGAGCUCCACGACAAAAUGAAUUUCUUCAACUUCUUUUAGAAAAUCCACGUUAUUGUUCGUAUAUAUGUUGGUUAGAUAAAAACCGAGGUUUAUUUAGAAUUCUUCAACCAGAUCAAGUAGUUACAUUAUGGGAAAAAGUUAAAGGAAGACAAACACAGCGAAAAAUGAAUUAUGAAACAUUUGCACGAGGUAUCCGACAUUAUUAUAAUGCAGGAGUAAUGGUUAAAACAAAUAAAAAAUACACAUUCUGUUUUAAAUACUCUGCACAAUGA